AUGGGCCACCUGCUCCGCCUCGCCUCCGCGCAGAACAACUGGCAGCCGCUGCCGCCGGAGCGCCAGCGCGAGUGCGAGGCCGCGGCCGAGGCGGCGCGGCAGCGCAUAGACGCGGCGGUCCAGAGCAGCAAGAGACUCCGCGCCGCCGAGCUCGCGGCCUCGCGCCGCGCGGCGCGCGCGCGGGAGCGGCCGCUGGAAGGCGAGGAGGCGCCGGCGGCGGGGCGCGGCGGGCGAGGGCGGGGGCGGGCGGGGCCAGGGGGGCGGGUGAUCAGCGCGUCGAUGGCGAUAUACACAAAGGGCUCGGAGCCUGUAUAUGAUGAUGAGGAGGAGAUCGCCGACAGCGACGACGAGGGCCCCUCGGAGCGGCCGAAAAAGAAGGCUAGGGGCGCUGCAGGUGGCUCAGCAGCGGCGGCGGCUGCGACGGCUGGAGUGGCGAAGGGGCAGAAGGACAAGGGGGCGGCCGCGGCCAAGGAGAAGGGGUCCGCGGGGCCGGCAGGCAAGGGGGCCGGCGCGGCUGCGAAGGGCAAGGCUGCAGCGGCCGACGGGAGGCAGCCUGCCAAGGCGGCGGCGGCGCCGGCUGCGGCGGCGCCUGCGACGCCGAAAGGAAAAGCUUUGGCGACAGCGGCGCCUGCGACGCCAAAGGGCAAAGCAGCAGCGGCGGCGGCGGCUGCCAAGCAGACGCCGCGCGAGCAGAAGCUGCCGCAGCGGACGCCUACCAGAAGCGGCGGCGGCGCGGCGGAGGCGGGGCCGUCCGUCCCGGCCCGCGCCACGCGGGGCGCUAGCGGCAGCGCGGCCCCGGCGGCCGCCAAGCAACCGGCCAAGCAGCGGGCGCCGGCGGCCAAGGUGCCGGCCAAGCAGCAGGCGGCGGCGGCGGAUGCGAAGGGCAGGGGCAAGGCGGGGCGGGCGGCGGAGCGGCCCCAGGGAAAGUAUGUCGGGAUCACAGGGCGCGUGUACCCCCCGUCCUCUGCAUACCGCCAGGGGGACCUCCUCAUUAGCCAGUAUGCUGACGAGGACCCUGAUCCCGAGGCGGAGUUUGAGGUGGAGGCCGUCCUGGACGAGGCCACGGCCGGGCAGCACACGCUGUACCUCAUAAAAUGGAAGGGUUACGAGCUGGACACGGGUGACCUGGGUGACAACAAGGGCGGCUGGGAGCCGGCGGCCAACCUCUCGCGCGCGCUGAUACGCGGCUGGCAGCGGCGGGACAAGUACCCUGGGUUCAACAGGGUCAAGCAGGCGGCCGCGAACGCGGCGCUGCUCAAGGCGGCCUGGUUGGACGAGCUGCCGGUGCCGGGAGAAGGCGGCGGCGACAGCAGCAGCGACGAGGAGGAGGAGGAGGAGGAGGAGGAGGAGGAGGGGAGUGAGGAGGAGCAGCAGGAGGGCGGCAGUGAGGAGGAGGGGGCGGAGGAGGAGGGCGGCGGCAGCGGCAGCGAUGAGGAGGAGGAGGAGGAGGAGGCACACUCCAGCUCGGAUGAGGACGGCGGCGGCAGCGACAGCGGCGGCGGCAGCGAGUCUGAAUGA